AGUGGCUUGGACCAGGGUGGUGGUGUUGCAGAUGUGGAGACAGGAUGGAGUAGUUGGAGGCAUUUCACGGGUGGAGCUCGCGGGACCUGUUGAUGAUUUGAUAUGGAGGUGAUGGAAGGAGUCAGGAUGGUAUCGAGUAGUCUUGGCUGGGUGGGCCUCCGUGCCUGCUGUCAGGACCGGCCAGCAGCACCAUGCCCCCCAGGACCUGUCCCCCUUGCUGGGCGAAUUUUCCUGCAAGCACCUGGGUCACUGGCCUCUACCCUCCUCUGCUCUGUUCUCAGCACUAUGGCGGAACAGGAUGUGGAAAACGAGCUUCUGGAUUAUGAAGAAGAUGAAGAGCCCCAGCCUCCUCCCGAGAGCACUCCAGCUCCCUCCAAGAAAGACGUCAAGGGUUCCUAUGUUUCCAUCCACAGCUCUGGCUUCCGGGACUUUCUGCUAAAGCCAGAGCUACUAAGGGCCAUCGUGGACUGUGGCUUUGAGCACCCAUCUGAGGUCCAGCACGAGUGUAUCCCCCAAGCCAUCCUGGGGAUGGAUGUCCUGUGCCAAGCCAAGUCUGGGAUGGGCAAGACGGCGGUCUUUGUGCUGGCCACCCUGCAGCAGAUCGAGCCCGUCAACGGACAGGUGACAGUCUUGGUUAUGUGCCACACUCGGGAGCUGGCCUUCCAGAUCAGCAAAGAGUAUGAGCGCUUCUCCAAGUACAUGCCCAAUGUCAAGGUGUCUGUGUUCUUUGGUGGCCUUUCCAUCAAGAAGGAUGAAGAGGUGCUGAAGAAGAACUGUCCGCACGUUGUGGUGGGGACCCCGGGCCGCAUCCUGGCGCUUGUGCGAAACAGGAGCCUCAACCUGAAGAAUGUGAAGCACUUCGUGCUGGACGAGUGUGACAAGAUGCUGGAGCAGCUGGAUAUGCGGCGGGAUGUGCAGGAGAUAUUCCGCCUGACGCCCCACGAGAAGCAGUGCAUGAUGUUCAGUGCCACCCUGAACAAGGAGAUCCGGCCCGUCUGCAGGAAGUUCAUGCAAGAUCCCAUGGAGGUGUUUGUGGACGAUGAGACCAAGCUCACGUUGCACGGACUGCAGCAGUACUACGUCAAGCUCAAGGACAGCGAGAAGAACCGCAAGCUCUUUGACCUCCUGGACGUGCUGGAGUUUAACCAGGUGGUGAUCUUUGUGAAGUCGGUGCAGCGCUGCAUGGCCUUGGCCCAGCUCCUCGUGGAACAGAACUUCCCAGCCAUUGCCAUCCACCGGGGCAUGGCCCAGGAGGAGCGCUUGUCACGCUAUCAGCAGUUCAAGGAUUUCCAGCGGCGCAUCCUGGUGGCCACCAAUCUGUUUGGCCGAGGGAUGGACAUUGAGCGGGUCAACAUCGUCUUCAACUAUGACAUGCCUGAGGACUCAGAUACUUACCUCCACCGGGUGGCCCGCGCGGGUCGCUUUGGCACCAAAGGCCUAGCUAUCACUUUUGUGUCUGAUGAGAACGAUGCCAAAAUUCUCAAUGACGUUCAGGACCGGUUUGAAGUGAAUGUGGCAGAGCUUCCAGAAGAAAUUGACAUAUCUACAUACAUUGAGCAGAGCCGGUAACCCAGCACCUGCCAGGCUGAGGUGCCCCUGCCUCCCACCUGCUGCCUUCUGGUCUCUUCUUCCUCAGCAAUGACUAGCCUCUUUUUACUGUGUUAAAGCUGUAGAUUUGUGUGAG